GGUUGGUUCCGGUAUGUCUUCGCGUCUGUUCUCCCCAGUUGUAUUAGUAAAUAUGCACAACUCCAAGUUCUUUUGACAUCCUAUUGUUUUAUCUACCCCUGAGCUAUCGGCGUAUAUAACGAUUGUACCUUGCAACUUCUUCCCGCCACUCACAAGUUAUUGGCAUAGACUUCACUCACUUCCCUUCUUUCAUUAUGGCGACGCAGUGGCCAGGCGUUAUAUCUCCUCCUGCUGGUGAGCAGGCAAACUUUAUCAAUCCUGUCAAUCAUAUGAGCGGAAAUAUUGCGCUCCAUACUGUCUGCCUCACGCUUGCCACUUGUGGGGUUACGAUGCGACUGUUUACACGAGUCAAGAUCCUCAAAUGUAAACUAGGGGCAGAUGACUACUUCUGUGUCUUAGCCUGGUGUUUGACGGUAGUCUUUUCUGGGCUAAUGUUCGAAUCUUAUCACUACGGAAUUGGACGACAUAUGUGGGAUGAACCGAUGGCUUGGCUCGUGCCAGCUCUAAAGUACUUCACGAUCGCCCAAUAUAUCUACCUCCUUUUAACCCCGGCGGUGAAAUUAAGCUUUCUCCUCUUCUAUUACCGAAUAUUCGCUCCAGAUCGCAGAAUGCGUUAUCUAAUUAUUGGGGGGAUAAUCUUUGUAUCCGUCACCCAUAUUGGCCUCUUCUUUGUCACUAUAUUCGAGUGUACACCGGUCUCACACGCAUGGAACCAGUUCGGCAAGGGCAAAUGUUUUCCUCCUAGUAUACUGCCCUAUCUUUCAGGUGCCCUGAGUUCAUCGACAGACCUAUAUGUCCUUUUGCUUCCAAUUCGAUCCUGUCUAGGGUUGAACAUGACGCUGCGGCGGCGAUUACGAUUACUGGCCGUCUUUAGUGUCGGUAUCCUUGCCUGUGUGACUAGCCUGAUUCGGCUGGGUAAGACACAUGUCCUCUAUGACAGUGCAGAUAAGACUUGGAAUAUUUCAGACAUAGCUAUAUGGGCUGUACUCGAAUGCAAUGUGGGCCUCUUAUGUUCCUGCUUGCUUUUACUACCUCGAUUCAUCGAGCGCUACUACCCACGUGGCGUGGCCUCGUACUUCUCUCGACUUUGGAGUAGCAAUCACCGAAGCAAAGAAAGCCCUGUUAAAUAUGUAUCUUCGACUUUGGAGAAUGGCGUCUGGCAAUCACCGCAGCAGUGGGAAAGAAUUUCGGGAAAGGAUGUCCCUAUUGAGAUGAGUUCAACGGACAGAUUAUGCAAAGCGCCAGAGGCAGUUUAG